AAUCUUCUCGAGCUACAAACGUCACAAUAUCGAACAAUUCACGACUUCAAGACGCAAUAGUAUCUUAUUCGUGUCGUAGGUUGCAAAACGUUAAAAUGGAUUCACAAACCUCAAAAGCAGCAACAGAGGACUUGAAUAAAAAUGUGAAAACUAACGUUCAGAGUUCGAAUCCAGGAACCGGUGAAACAGAUUCGGCCGUACAAUAUGUGAGUCCGAUGGACAGAAGUGAGGUAAAGAAACUUCUUUCAUAUUCCACGAACUUUGCCAGAUAUUUCCAGUUCAGCGAAGAAGACCAGAAGAAGCUCACAUUCUCCAGUUACUUCGACAAAGAUUACAAGGAUGAAGAAAAGAAGCGAAAGGUAGGCGAGGUAUUCACUCCCUCAACAAACAUCAUUUCAUUUGUGAUAGGACAUCUGAUGACAGUCAGGCGGCGCGAAAAUUGGA